CGAACUAGUUUUAUCUCCGAGGCCCGCUCGGUUUUAGACCUCGCCUAAGAGCUGCCAAGUAGAUUUCUCUCUGGAGAGAUCUCUUGUUUGCUUUAAGCUCCGAGAAGGACGCCACUAAUGUGACCAACGCACACUCAUGCCGCAUCGGGGAUGUGACCCACCAGUAGGACCCAUGACAGUAACAUAGGUUGUUGGACGGAAGAAGAUAUACCCCCUCCACAGUCAGACUCUCAUACCCCUGGAUUGGAAUCUUAUAUCUGCUGAUCAGUCCGACUUGUGGGUCGGAUGUAGAUGCAGUCCUUGGAAGCAUCCAUCUUUUGCCACCUCUACAGCAGCCAUGCUAUCCCUUCCAGCAAUCGCAUUUCUAGCUGCAAUCCUCACCAAAGUUGCAGUGGCUGCCCCACUGAUGGACACUCUGCUCGAGAUUCCCGAGCUCUCCACGUACGCGCAUGUGUACAAUAUGACGGGGGGCAUCGUGGAGAUCAACCCGAUGUUCACGAAGCGGUUCAACUAUGACACCGACACGCGCAACUACACUUUCCUGGCUCCGACUAACGCUGCAUGGGCCAAGAUCCCCUCAGCGAUCUACGACAUCCUCCUAACCCAACCAGCGUACCCCCUCAUCGAAGCCCUCCUGCGCACGCACAUCAUCGAAGCCCGCCUAACCGCCGCCGAACUCGCCAGUGUAUCCGCCGACAGCGCCGUGGGAGGCAUCGCGACCGCCCUACAACUCUCCAACACCACCGCCCAAUUCCACCGGGGGGUGCUCACCAAAACAGUGCAGGGGUACUACAUCGACGCGACCACCUCCGCAAACGGGACCGUGCGCAUCGACGACCAAGCCGCGAUCGUCAAAGCCGACCUCCCGGCGGACAAUGGGCUGAUCCACGAGAUCGACCAGCUCGUCGACCCGUUCCUGGUCUACGGCGGGGGGCCGAGCAACCGCACCACGGCGCCGUCGUACGAAUCCACCGAUCUGACCAUCGGGGCGUUCGUGCAAUCCGACGCCCGUCUGGUUAACGCUUCGCAGAUCCUGUCGGUCAACUCCCCGGACACGAUCCGUCGCCUGUCGCGCCAGUCGUCCGAGAAACAGUUCUUCGUGGUCCCGCGCAAUGAGGCGUUUGAGUUGAUGCCCACCAUCCUUCCUGUGUUUCAUACGCUGGUCUCGCCGUAUAAAAGCCCCUUCGACACGCUGCUGUGGCAGUACGGCUGGGUCGAUAGCGGCGGCGAGCAGUUCGACAGUCGCACGCUCAAGGGCAAGAGCUCGCUGUCGGUGGCCAGCGAUGUGACGGGGCUGAAUAUCACGGUGACCCGCGAGGAGGAGGACGCGGCUGUCUUCGUGAUGAAUGCCGGGCUGGUGACGCAAGUGAAGGCCGCGAAUGGGUUUCUGUGGAUCGUGGAUCGGUGGCUAGAUCCUUUGUACCAGGCCUUCGGGCCGGUGGAUCGCUUUGGGGAGCCGGAGUGGGCGUAG